AUGGCGGCGUUGUGGAAUGACCAGGGCGUCAAGUUCCCUGUGACGGUUCUGCAGCUCGACAAUUGUCAAGUCACCGCGAACAUCAAAACUCCUCGACCAGACCACACAGUAUACCAUGCUGUCCAGGUUGCUUCGACCGACAGACCACCAAAGACGACCACCCGUCAAAUGUUGGGCCAUUUCGCAAAAGCAAACGUCCCUCCGAAACGCUAUGUCAAGGAGUUCCCUGUAACCGCCGACGCACAUGUGCCUGUUGGAACGACAUUGAACGCGGCCCACUUUGUGCCAGGUCAAUAUGUCGACGUUGUAGCGAAAUCGAUUGGAAAGGGUUUCCAAGGUGGUAUGAAGAGAUGGGGCUUCCAUGGUCUGGCAGCCAGUCACGGUGUGUCAGUAUCGCACCGUUCCUCAGGUUCGGCAGGUAACAGCCAGGACCCCGGCCGAAUCUACCCUGGCAAGAAAAUGGCGGGCCGAAUGGGUGGAAACCAAGUAACCGUCCAAAAUCUCGCCGUCGUCCGAGUCGACACCGCGCUCAACCUCGUCUACGUCCGCGGAGCCGUUCCAGGCGUUGACAACGCACCAGUGUACAUCCGGGACGCAAAGAAGGUCAUGGCUGUCGCCAGGCACAACGAAGCAAAGGGGUUGAACGACAAAAUCUUGCCCAAGGGCGUUGAUGACCUCCCUUUCCCUGCUGGAACGGCUGAGCUUGCAAAGACCCUUCCACCUAUCAUCGAGUCUCCUGCCUACCGUAGAAGUCCAUUCACCCCUCCCGAGUAA